GAAGUCUAUGCAAUGAUAAUACUAUUAAUCAGAAAACAUGAAUUCCUUAUUUAAAGCAAAUAAUCAAUGUUUGAAGCAAUCAAUAGAAAUAUUGUGGAAAACUAAUCAAUCAUUAAUAAAACGGAAUAAUUGGUCGACGACUAAGACUAUUAUUAAUAAUGAAUUGGAAAAUAUAAGAAAUUCUGGAGUUUGGAAGUCUGAACGGGUCAUCACUUCCAAACAGGACUCGCAUAUCAAUGUCGAUGGAAAGACUCAACAAGUUAUCAAUUUUUGUGCCAACAAUUACCUCGGAUUAUCAAGUCAUCCGGAAGUUAUUAAAGCCGCUAAAGAAGCUCUCGAUAAAUACGGUUCGGGUUUGAGUUCUGUAAGAUUUAUUUGCGGCACUCAAGACAUACACAAACAACUUGAAUCCAAAAUCGCCGCUUUUCAUGGCAGAGAAGAUGCUAUUCUAUACGCCAGUUGUUUUGAUGCAAACGCUGGACUUUUUGAAGCACUUCUUAGUGCCGAAGAUGCCAUCAUUUCGGAUGAAUUAAAUCACGCGUCAAUUAUUGAUGGCAUUCGUCUGUCAAAAGCUCAGAGAUUUCGAUACAAACACCGAAAUAUGGAUGACUUGGAAAAUAUAUUAAAAAAUAGUCAAUCGUUUAGAAUUAGACUCAUUGCAACUGAUGGUGUCUUCAGUAUGGAUGGAAAUGUGUCUCCACUCGACCACAUCUGUCGUUUAGCCAAACAAUAUGACGCUAUAGUGUUUGUAGACGAAGCCCAUUGCACCGGCUUUUUCGGUAAGACAGGUCGUGGAAGUGAACAAUAUUUCAAUAUUCAAGGAAAAGUAGAUAUAAUAAACUCAACGCUGGGUAAAGCAUUGGGAGGCGCCGCUGGAGGCUAUACUACGGGGAGUAAAGAACUUAUUGAUUUGUUACGACAGCGAUCGCGGCCUUAUUUGUUUUCAAAUUCAUUGCCGCCACCCGUAGUGGCCGCCGCCUCAAAGGUGUUUGAUUUGUUGACUCAAAGCUCGGCGUUGACUGAAAUUGUCGAAAGAAACACAUUUGCCUUCAGAAGUGAAAUGAAAAGUUUUGGAUUCAAUAUUUUGGGAGACAAUCAUCCCAUUUGUCCAGUUUUUAUCGGUGAUGCCCGACUCGCAUCAACUUUUGCAGACCUAAUGCUCGAAAAUGGUAUUUAUGUCAUUGGAUUCAGUUAUCCAGUGGUUCCUAAAGGAAAGGCAAGAAUUCGGGUUCAGAUAUCAGCCGCACAUUCGGAUAAAGACAUCAAACAGACAGUCGAAGCCUUCGUCAAAGUCGGCAGAAAAUUAAAUGUAAUUCAAUAAUACAAUCAAUCAAUACUUUACAAUCUAUAUAUCCAAUUAAUUAUAUUACAACUUAUAUAAUAGAUAUAUCA